CUGUCUCUCAUCUCAGUCCGCGGACCCGAACAACGCAAGGCAGCCCCCCUAUUGUUGAGGCAGGGAAGUGGAGAGGGAGGAGGAGCCUCGCGGAACGCAUUACCCGUCGGUGGCUUCUUCUACGACUGCAGCACGCUCACACAGGCGUGAUUUUCCGUGGGAUUCAAGAGCCAGGAGAAGGCGUCCGUCUUGAUUGUCCAGCGACACGGAUCGAAGAAGGCGCGGGCGGGGGCCAUCGAUCUGCCUGUCUGGCAGUCGCACUCUCAGGCCUCUCUUCAGCGGGGUUCAAGAGCAUCAGGAGAGAGGCCCACUCUUUCGCCCUCCUUCUUCUUCUUCGCCGUCACCUUUCGGAACAAUUAUUCCCUUCUUCUUACUCGCCGUCACCUUUCGGAACAAUUUUUCCAUUCUUCUUCCUCGCCGUCACCUCUCGGAACAACUUUUCCCUUCUUCUUCCUCGCCGUCACCUCUCGGAACAAUUUUUCCCAGAAGGAUUAUUUGUAAUUAUAAUUUGAGGACCGCAUGUCUAAAACAAAUGGGGGCACAUGCUCCCGGCAGCAACCCAAGCGGGGGGAAAGAAGACCGCUGAUUGGCCGCUGCCCGGUUCAGUCCAUGGCGCGGGUGGCCGGGCUAUUCUUUCAGCUGGCGCUGCUGUUCGCAAUAGCAGCUGUUCGGGUGGUUGGUGAGGACGGACAGAUGGACGGGACGCUCAUGUUUCUUCAUGUUUGGAAGUGUGGGGGAACGACGCUGCGAGAGCUCAUGUGCGACUGGGCGAACAGUGAGGGUCUUCCCUGUGCGACAGUCGCGGGCUGCCGCCAUUUGUCCCUCAAGGAGCGAAAGAUUUGCCUGUUGAACCACAAGCUAAUCUUCCCCGAGCAACAGGGCGAGUUCAUCGCCAGCCAGAAGGUGCUCGCUGGACACUUUCGAUGGGGCUUUCAGGUGUACGCUGCAGAGCCGCACCGGCUCGUAACGACGCUCCGCAACCCACUCGAGCUCUUCGUCUCCGGCGAGCAGUACCUCAACCGUGCAACGACAACCACGCUUAGCAACGCCGUGCAGGUGGUCGAGAGAGCCAUGCGGAAGUCUCUCGAGACCCCGACGCAGCCGCCGGGUUACUUGCACCGGCUGGUGGGACGCAGCGUCGUGACCAACGCGGAGAUACGCGAGGCGACGGUGGAAGGGGCGAGAAAUCUCAACACGUUCUGGCUGGUGGGUGUGGUGGAGCAGUACGGCGGCUUCGUGGCGGUGCUUCGGGCCCUUCUCGACCCCGACGGGCUCCACGAUGACCUUUGGAGGCCGCAGCUGGAGGAGCACAAGCUGAACGCCUCGCCCGUGCGGUCGACGAACGUCCUGGCGAGCCUGGACCCCCAGCUGGUGAAGCAGUUCAACUCGACGCUGAGUUACCAGUGGUUGAUGUACGGACACGCAGUGCGCUUGUUCAAGGCCAGGUGUCAGGAAGUCUUGCCCGAAUAUCAGCACUGGGAGUUCUGCAGCGUACAGCAACCUCCCGUCGAAUACACCAGUUGAGGAGUGAGUGUUGGGAUCUUUGGUUUCCAGGUUUUGGCGCAUUUUCUUAAUACUGUAGAUGUCGCCCUAGACUAGCGCCGCGUUUGUUGCCGUGCAUCGAUGUGUCCAUCCAUGCUUUAAUGCUCCAACGGGCGCCCUGUGUAAAAUAUGUUCCUUUCUCAUGUCUCUCCUCGUAUGCGUAGAGCUUCCCGUUAUUCCUUCAUCCAUGCAGAUUAUUGUAAUGUUCGGUUAUAUAUUGUUGUUGUCAGUCAAGUCAGGUCAACGUGCUCGUCACCCACAUCCAACUGUUGUUGCACAUACCACCAACUGUUGUUUUAGGAAGUUUUGCUGUUGAUGUUUUGCUGUUGUUGUUGUUCUUGUUGUUGUUGCUGCUGCGCCAAAUUCGUUGGUAACUGAAAGUGAUGAUAUGUAUCGAAAGGUUUUGAGUGUGGCUGCUGUAGCUGCUGUGACCAGCGUGCACGACGGUAUAGCGUCUAGCAUCUAUUUAUCUCAUCGUGGCGUGAUCGCACAUUCGAGUGGUCGGGCCUAUAGAGAGGCUGUUGUAGCGCGCUCCCGACGUGUCUGCGGCGUUGAUGUUAAAAAUCGUCCGUCCGUGAAAAACUGAAUCUUGGUAACUCUGUUAGCGGUUGGCGGUUGAUUUCGACGUACACCGUUACUUUUGGAGUAGAAACAGUGGGUGGUAUAAAUAUUGAAAUCUGAAGAGUUUUCAAGG